AGAGAGAGAGAGAGGAGAGGGAGAGAGUUUCCGUGGACAAUGGACUGGCUAUAGCAGUCAGCACUAACACUGAGUUCACUCUCCACCCCACGCGGCCAUCAAAAACCGAAGCAAUGCUCAGAGCCCUGAUUCUCAGGCGAUCGCUCCGGUCCCUCCACCACCAUCACCACCGCCACCACCACUCCAUUUCUCCAAUUUUCAAAGCAUUAACCACCACCACCACCACCACCACCAUCGCUGCCACCCAGGACGCCAACCCUAACUCUGUUCGUUCUUUCUCCUCGCGCGCGCCGUCCUCUUCUUCAUCAUCCUCCGAUGCCGAGUUCCGCAAGUACUUGGGCUACUUCGCCCUCCUCGUCGGCUGCGGCGUCGCCACCUACUACUCCUUCCCCUUCUCCGACUCCGCCAAGCACAAGAAAGCCCAGCUCUUCCGCUACGCUCCCUUGCCCGACGACCUCCACACAGUCACCAAUUGGAGCGGAACUCACGAGGUUCAGACCCGGGUCUUCUUGCAACCCGAGAAUCUUGAUCAAUUGGAGACCAUCGUCAGGGAUGCUCAUGAAAAGAAGCAGAAGAUCCGUCCGGUCGGGUCCGGGUUGUCGCCCAAUGGGAUUGGCCUCUCGCGGGCCGGAAUGGUGAACUUGGCGUUGAUGGAUAGGGUCUUGGAGGUCGACGAGGAGAAGAAGACGGUGCGGGUCCAGGCGGGCAUUCGGGUUCAGCAGUUGGCUGAUGGGAUUAAGGAUUAUGGACUAACUUUGCAGAACUUCGCAUCGAUUCGGGAACAGCAAAUUGGUGGGAUCCUUCAGGUUGGUGCUCAUGGUACUGGUGCAAGGUUGCCUCCCAUUGAUGAGCAGGUUAUUAGCAUGAAGCUGGUUACUCCGGCCAAAGGAACAAUAGAGGUUUCAAAAGAUAAAGAUCCAGAGCUAUUUUAUCUCGCUCGCUGUGGCCUUGGGGGCCUUGGAGUGGUUGCUGAAGUCACCAUCCAGUGCGUUGAGAGACAAGAACUUGUGGAGCACACUUUUGUCUCUAACAUGAAAGAGAUCAAGAAAAACCACAAGAAAUUGCUAUCUGAGAAUAAGCAUGUGAAGUACCUGCAUAUUCCGUAUACUGAUACUGUUGUGAUUGUGACGUGCAAUUCUGUUUCUAAAUGGAAAGGUCGACCAAAGUUCAAGCCUAAAUAUAGUGCGGAUGAAGCUAUACAACAUGUUCAUGACCUUUACAAAGACUUGCUUGUGAAGUAUAGACCAAACUCUCCAGAUGAAAAUGAAGUAGACAUAAAUGAGCUAUCAUUCACUGAGCUAAGAGAUAAACUACUUGCUCUUGAUCCUCUCAAUAAAGAUCUUGUCAUAAAAAUCAACCAAGCUGAGGCUGAGUUCUGGCGGAAGUCAGAAGGAUAUAGAGUGGGAUGGAGUGAUGAAAUUUUGGGCUUUGAUUGUGGUGGACAACAGUGGGUUUCUGAGACCUGUUUUCCUGCUGGAACCUUGGCAAGGUUGAGCAUGAAAGACCUUGAAUUCAUGGAAGAGCUGAAGCAGCUCAUAGAGAAGGAAGAGAUACCUGCUCCUGCUCCUAUUGAGCAGCGAUGGACGGCUAGCAGCAGGAGUCUCAUGAGUCCAGCCUCAAGCGCCGCAGAGGAUGACAUAUUCUCUUGGGUCGGUAUAAUCAUGUACCUCCCUACGACAGAUGCUCGCCAGAGAAAAGAAAUAACGGAAGAAUUUUUCCACUAUAGACAUUUAGCUCAGUCUCAGUUGUGGUAUCAAUAUUCUGCUUAUGAACAUUGGGCUAAGAUCGAGGUUCCCAAGGACAAAGAACUUGCAGCCCUUCAAGAGAGGCUAAAGAGGCGUUUUCCGGUGGAUGCAUAUGUUAAAGCGCGGAAGGAAUUAGACCCCAACAAGAUUCUUUCUAAUAACAAGCUAGAGAAGUUGUUCCCUUUAUCUGAAUCCGUGUAAGAAGCAUGGCUUGUUCAUUGGCUAGCCAUUUCUUUAUGUACUUUCUGUAUUCAUUAGAUUUGAUUUAUUGUCCGUUGUCCUGUUAAGUUUGUAUUGGGGGUUAUGAGAUUUUUGACUGUAUAUUGGAGAAGACUAUCCAGAUUCAAGGACACGGGAUGUAUUAUCAAUCUUGGUAUGAAUAAUAAAAAAUCAUUACACCA